AUGACUUCCGCUGCGAUCGAUGUAAACCAAAGUAUUACCGGCCAUAAGACGGCCACCAUUCGUAACUACACCACUCAGCCUCGUCUUAGUAAGUUUUUAUAAAUUUUUGUUUUGUUUUGGUUUAGGUUUGGUUAUGGUUAAUAAUGGCUUUAUUUGAAUAUCAUUGAUAAUAUAGUGUUGUUUUCAUUUCUUUUAUAAAUUUUGGACUGUAAAACAAGAUGAAUCUAUGAGUGAUAUAUUUUAGUAAUUUGCUUUAGCUACAGUGGAUAUAUUUUGUAGAAACUUUAAUGUUUUAUAUUUUUUCACAAUUUUAAGUUCAGGUAUUAAAAUGGUUUUCUUAUUUUUGUUUAUUUUUUUAAACAAUUGUUAUUUUUUGGGAUUAUAUUAAUAUUUUAGCCUACAAGACUGUGACUGGUGUAAACGGACCCUUGGUCAUCUUAGACGAUGUCAAGUUUCCUCAAUUCGCUGAGAUUGUUACUCUUACUUUGCCCGAUGGUACCAAGCGUUCUGGCCAAGUGUUGGAAAUCACCAAGACCAAGGCUGUUGUCCAAGUAUUCGAAGGAACUGCUGGAAUUGACGCCAAGCACACUAUCUGUGAAUUCACUGGAGAUAUCUUGAGAACCCCAGUGUCUGAAGACAUGUUGGGUCGUAUCUUCAACGGAUCUGGAAAACCCAUUGACAAGGGACCUCCAGUCUUGGCCGAAGACUACUUGGACAUUAACGGUCAGCCAAUUAACCCAUGGAGUCGUAUCUACCCAGAGGAAAUGAUCCAGACUGGUAUCUCUGCCAUCGAUGUCAUGAACUCUAUUGCUCGUGGACAAAAGAUUCCCAUCUUCUCGGCCGCUGGUUUGCCUCACAAUGAAGUAAGUUGUAAAAAUGAUUGUCUUCUUGUGUUUAGAUUGAUUUAAAAACAAGAUCUUACUUUUUUUGAUCGAAGAAGUCGAAUUAAAGCAUCUAUUCAAUAAUUUUACUGUUUAUCUUUCUUACUUUAAAAUUAUAAACUGUUUAAACCGUGAUAACUUCAGAUCGCCGCCCAAAUUGUACGUCAAGGAGGUUUGGUCAAGUUGCCUGACCGUCAGUUGGAGGAGGGUGACAAUGAUUUCGCUAUUGUGUUCGCCGCUAUGGGAGUUAACAUGGAAACUGCUCGUUUCUUCAAGCAAGAUUUCGAAGAAAACGGUUCCAUGGAGAAUGUGUGCUUGUUCUUGAACUUGGCUAACGAUCCAACGUAAGAAAUUUUUUAUUGGUUUUGUGAUUUUAGGUAACAGAAGGAUCAUUUUUGAUAUAAAAAUUCAGGUUUUUAUAGCAAAAAUUAUAUUAUAAAACUAACAUAAUACAAAAAAAGUUUGAAAAAUGAUUAUUUUAGGUAACAAUUUUGAUAAAAAUGACUUUUGUAUUCAAAAUUUACUAAAACGACCAUUUUAGCAUUGAACGUAUUAUCACUCCUCGUUUGGCUUUGACCGCUGCCGAAUUCUUGGCCUACCAAUGCCAGAAGCACGUGUUGGUCGUGUUGACUGACAUGUCAUCGUACGCCGAAGCCUUACGUGAAGUAUCGGCCGCUCGUGAAGAAGUGCCCGGUCGUCGUGGUUUCCCCGGUUACAUGUACACUGAUUUGGCCACAAUCUACGAACGUGCUGGUCGUGUCGAAGGCAGAAAGGGCUCCAUCACUCAGAUUCCUAUCUUGACUAUGCCUAACGAUGGUAAGUUUUUGAUAUUUGUUUUAUAGUGAUGCAAGAUAUAUUUUGUGAAUUUUUAUAUUAUUUAUGUCAAGAGGGCUUGAGUUUUCACUAUUAUCCAUGUUUUCCUUUCAGAUAUUACCCAUCCCAUCCCCGAUUUGACCGGUUACAUUACCGAAGGACAGAUCUAUGUCGACCGUCAAUUGUACAACAGACAGAUCUACCCACCAAUCAACGUGCUCCCAUCUCUGUCCCGUCUCAUGAAGUCUGCCAUUGGUGAAGGUAUGACCCGUGAAGACCACUCUGAUGUCUCCAACCAGCUGUACGCUUGUUAUGCCAUCGGAAAGGACGUGCAAGCCAUGAAGGCUGUAGUAGGAGAGGAAGCCUUGUCUUCUGAUGAUCUGUUGUACCUCGAGUUCUUGACCAAGUUCGAGAAGAACUUCAUCGCCCAAGGCAACUACGAGAACCGAACAGUAUUCGAGUCGUUGGACAUUGGAUGGCAAUUGCUUCGUAUCUUCCCACGUGAAAUGUUGAAGCGUAUCCCAGCCAAGACCCUGGACAAGUACUACCCACGUGGUGGUGCUACAGCUCAAAAGGAGAACUAA